CCCAUGAAGAGAGGACUAGGAGGUACUUCUUUUGUAGCGCUAGACAACCACCUGAACCGUUUCUUGUCUGAUGCUUGCACAUGGUGACGCAAGUGUUUCUCUGCAGAAAGCUAUACUUACAUAUUGCGUGAAGAUAUUAAAUUAUUAGCUGCAAGAAAGAAACUGAAAAUGUUUUUAAAUUUAGGUGACCACCGGGGGCCGCAGCCGGGUACUAUAAGAGCAAGUACAAAAUAUAGCGGACUCGAGUAUGAUCUGGUAGGACAAUCGCACAGACCGUUUUUUGACUCUGACUCUGACUUCUCCUGAAGAGGAAGACUCCUCGUCUGACGGAUCUAUAACAAGAUAGCGAUAUUUUUAGGUCGUUGUCGUACACUUGCUUGAAGAUGGCAUUGUUCUGAAGCUUGAUUCUGACUCUUACAUUGUUCGAUGUGACCUUUUGACGAUGCGUAUCAAGAUGUGACCUUUUGAAGAUGCAUGGGGGCUCCUUUUAUUCAGUGUCAUGGUGUUCGUGUUCGUUCUCGUUAUGUGCUAUGCAUCUCUAUGAAUGCUCUCAGCACGCACCGCCUCGAACGCUCACCCCCUCAUAGGUGAGCCAACUCCUAUCCUAUCCUAACCGCGGAGUAGACGGGAGGCGCUGCAGCGGACCCUUCCUUCGGUCUUCUACUAGUAGC